CCACGAUGCACGACAGACCGAUAAACCCGUGAUUGAGUGGAUCCAGCUUGAUUGACGAGUCCGUCUGCCUCGACGAUGGCAGGCUCUGAUAGCGGCAGCGACGUCGAGGAUGUGCGAGCCGGACCCAGCAACGAGAUCGACGGUAAGGAAGAGACGAGCGCUUCUCUCUUUCCAGCUCCACCAUCCAUCUGGAAACGCUUUACAACUCGCAAUAUCGAACUCGCAAAGCUGCUCGACGAGCGCAUACGAGCAGAGGAUGCAUUGCAGUCACCUACGCAGGGAAAGAGCAAGCAGGAAGAGCGCUCGAAACGUCAAGCGCGUCUGCUUGCUGAUGAGCUCGACAAGGACGAGGAGGAUGUCGCGGACUUCGAUCUGUUGCAGCUCAUCAGACCGCCGUCAGUCGAACAGGUCUACCGAGAGGGCUACUGGAACGUCUUUGGCCAAUCGUUUCCCGUUAGCGAAGAAGACACAGAGCUGCCAGAUGAGAUGCGGCUCUACGACCCGUUGGCAGAGAGGAAGAACAACCUCGAAAAACUACUUCAGACGCUGCUGCUCACCUAUUUCAAGCUGACCCAAGCGCUUCUCAAAGGCCCACCCAGUCGAGCUGUCCCCCAACCAGAUUCUCUCUAUGUGACUGUCCCAGGUGAAACGGGCGAGCCUGAACGCGUGGAAAGAAACGAUGUCGAUCUGUGUCUGCAACAUAUUCGCUAUGCCAGUCUCAACAUGCACCAUCUGCUCAAUCAGCUACGGCCCGUCCAGGCGCGUGAGAACUUGAGGGUGAUUAUGCUUCAGCAAAUUCAAGCACGGCGCGAGAUUGCUGCUAGCCUCAGAGAGCAAGCACGUUUAGCCCAAGCGCAGAUCGACGUGCUCAAGACGAGAUUGAGGGGCACAGAGCACGCAGACAUGGCAAUCGAUCCACCACUGAAAGGCUCAGCUGUCGAAGAGCUCGACACGAGCGUCAGUCGAUGGGAAGCACUCAGAAGGAGGGCGACAGAGAUCGAAGCGAGUUCGCGAGAGCCAUAAUGCAUUCGUCACUGCAUCGUACCCCAAAAAGGC